AUGUCACAACAAUCCACCCAAGCAUUUGAUCAUUUGAAUCGCAUUGUGGUGGACUUGCGAUCAAGGAGCGAUGAACAACGAAAGAGAGCAGCUUUAGAUCUGAGGGAGUUAGUGGAGGUCGCUUCUAGAGAUUUCCCUCAAGAACGAUUUCUAGAAUUGUAUAAUGUUGUUAAUAGUAAAAUUACUAGUCUCAUUAGUCAUGGAGGAGAUCUGGAGCGAACCGGUGGUAUAUAUGCUGUCGAUGCGCUGGUCGAUUUCGAGGGUAUUGAUGUUGGACAACGAGUGACUCGAUUCGGACAAUCGCUUCGAGCUGUAUUGAGAGGGAAGGACCUCGUUUCUAUGCAACCGGCGGCUGUGGCAUUGGGAAAGAUGUGCAGACCGGGAGGUUCGUUAGUAUCUGACUUGGUGGAAAGUGAGAUCAAAACUGCCCUGGAAUGGUUACAGUCCGAUCGAAUCGAAGAGAGAAGAUACAGCGCGGUAUUGGUUUUGCGAGAAUUGGGCAGAAAUUCUCCGACACUGGUUUAUACUUUUGUUGGACUCAUAUUUGAUCAAAUAUGGGUGGGAUUGAGAGAUCAGCGACUCCUUAUUCGACAAACUGCCGCAGAAGCUAUAAGUGCUUGUUUUCAAAUAAUCAGAGAGAGAGAUCAAAAUCUACGACAAACCUGGCAGGUGAAAAUUUAUGAUGAAGCGGUUCAAGGAGUGAGACAGGGGACCGUAGAAUCUAUUCAUGGAUCCCUUCUGGUGAUUAAGGAGCUUCUUCAGCAAGGCGGUAUGUUUAUGCAUGAGCAUUAUCCGGAAGUUUGCGAGAUUGUUUUCCGACACAAAGAUCACCGAGACGUCCAGAUUCGAAAAACCGUCGUUAUGCUGAUACCGGAGUUGGCGAACUACUCACCGACCGAGUUUGCUCAAUCAUACCUUCACAGGUUCAUGGUAUUCUUGUCCGGUAUGUUGAAGAAGGAUAAGGAUAGGAAUGAUGCAUUUUUGGCCAUUGGAAAUAUUGCCAAUGCUGUUAAGAGUGCUAUUGCGUCUUAUCUUGAUGGGGUUUUGAUAUAUGUCAGAGAAGGGUUGUCCUUGAAAUCGAGACGACUUGGUACAGUUGAUCCUGUAUUCGAUUGCAUCAGCAGAUUGGCAGUUGCAGUUGGUCAGACCCUCAGCAAAUAUAUGGAGGCACUUCUUGAUCCCAUCUUCGCAUGUGAGCUAAGUCCUAAGUUGACUCAAGCUUUGGUGGAUAUGGCUUUCUACAUUCCACCUGUUAAACCUAUCAUCCAAGAAAGAUUAUUGGAUAUGUUGAGCAAGGUUCUUUGUGGCGAACCAUUCAGACCAUUGGGCGCACCUACACCAAAUAAUAUUGCCGCCGCGCCAGUCGUACCAAAAGACUCGAAGGAUCCACAAGCAUACGAGCACCGACAAAGUGAGAUUAAGCUCGCUCUGAAUACGUUGGGUAGUUUUGACUUUUCCGGUCACGUUCUCAAUGAAUUUGUGCGUGAUGUCGCUAUCAAAUAUGUCGAAGACGAAAACCCUGAAAUCAGAGAGGCCGCUGCAUUGACUUGCUGUCAACUUUAUGUUCGAGAUCCCAUUGUUAAUCAAACGAGUCACCACGCGAUUCAAGUGGUCAGCGAAGUUAUUGAGAAGUUGCUCACAGUCGGAGUUGGAGAUCCGGAUCCAGCUAUUCGAAGAGUGGUUUUAGCAGCCCUCGAUGAACGAUUUGAUCGCCAUCUUGGCAAGUCAGAGAACAUUCGAACUCUAUUCUUCGCAUUGAACGAUGAGGUGUUCCAAAUUCGCGAAGUUGCUAUAGCAAUCAUUGGUCGCUUGACGCAUGUAAAUCCUGCAUAUGUCAUUCCUUCCCUGCGAAAGGUUCUUGUUCAAAUGCUCACCGAACUCGAAUUCUCCGAUGUAGCGAGAAAUAAGGAAGAAAGCGCAAAACUACUCAGUCUUCUCGUGCAGAAUUCACAGAAGUUGAUCAAGCCUUACGUCGAUCCUAUGAUUGCAGUUUUAUUACCCAAGGCUCGUGAUCCUAGUCCGGCGGUGGCUGCUACAAUCAUGAAAGCUAUCGGUGAACUUGCUUGUGUUGGCGGAGAGGAUAUGAUCCCAUAUAUCAAGCAACUCAUGCCUAUAAUUAUCGAGGCUUUGCAGGAUCAGAGCUCUUCUGCUAAACGUGAAGCUUCUUUACGAACAUUGGGCCAACUGGCAAGUAAUUCAGGUUAUGUUAUCAAGCCAUAUCUGGAAUAUCCUCGACUUUUGGAGAUUUUGCAAAAUAUUAUUCGAGGAGAACCGCAACGAGGACCAUUACGACAAGAAACUAUCAAACUCAUGGGUAUUCUUGGUGCUCUUGACCCAUAUCGACACCAACAAGUUGAAGAACGAUCACCAGAGAUGCAAUUACGUUUAGAGUCAAAUCAAAUGACGGAUAUAUCUCUUAUGAUGACAGGACUUACACCUUCGAAUAAGGAAUACUUCCCAACUGUCGUUAUCAAUGCUCUUCUUAACAUAUUAAAAGAUCCAUCUCUCAAUCAACAUCACGCUAUGGUUAUCGAAGCUAUCAUGUCAAUCUUCAGGACUCUAGGAUUAGAAUGCGUUUCGUUUCUCGAUAAAAUUAUUCCCGCAUUUUUGUCGGUCAUUCGGACCUCCCCUACAAAUCGUCUCGAGUCAUACUUUAGCCAAUUGAGCCUCUUGGUGACCAUUGUUCGACAGCACAUUCGUAAUUACCUGCCAGAUAUUGUAUUGGUACUUCAAGAAUUUUGGAAUGCGUCUGCAGCACUUCAAGCGAAUAUCCUUCAACUUGUCGAAGCAAUCUCAAGAUCUCUCGAAGGCGAGUUCAAGAUUUACUUGGCGGGACUUUUGCCGCUUAUGUUGGGUGUACUGGAGAAGGAUACUUCCACAAGACGCCUUCCAUCGGAGCGUGUGCUUCAUGCUUUUCUGGUGUUCGGAUCUAGUGCUGAGGAGUACAUGCAUUUGAUUGUACCUGUUAUCGUUAGCGUAUUCGAAAAACCACAGCAACCCUCCUUUAUUCGUAAGGCCGCAAUUGAAACCAUUGGUAAGAUUUCAAGACAGGUCAAUCUCAAUGACUAUGCCUCAAAAAUCAUACAUCCCCUCUCUAGGGUCUUGGCUGGUAUCGAUAGUUCAUUGAGAUUGGCAUCACUUGAUACCCUCUGUGCCCUUAUCUUCCAACUCGGAAGAGAUUACUUGCAUUUCGCUGGCACAAUCAAUAAAGUUCUCAGCAUCCACCAGAUACAGCAUCAAAACUAUGAACUUUUGGUUAGUAAACUUCAAAAAGGAGAAGCUUUACCACAAGAUUUGAGCGCUGAGGAACGAUACCUGAAUCAAUCUGACGAAGUCGAUUUCUCAGAUGUCUCUAACAAAAAACUGGAUAGUAAUCCCGUUCAUUUAAAGGCAGCUUGGGAUGCGACGGGAAAAUCCACCAAGGAGGAUUGGCAAGAAUGGAUGCGCAAAUUCAGUGCAUCCGUCUUACUGGAAUCACCAAAUCAUGCACUUAGAUCAUGUGCUCAACUGGCUUCAGUAUACCCACCACUCGCAAGAGAAUUAUUCAAUUCUGCUUUUGUCUCAUGUUGGGGAGAGCUAUUUGAAGGUUAUCAGGAUGAUUUGAUCCAGAACAUUGAGAUGGCAAUCAAAUCGCCUCACGUCACUCCUGAUCUUUUGGGUAUCUUACUCAACCUUGCAGAAUUUAUGGAGCAUGACGAUAAAGCUCUGCCAAUCGACAUACGAGUUCUGGGACGAGAAGCUGGAAGAUGCCAUGCCUGGGCCAAGGCUCUUCAUUAUAAGGAAUUGGAGUUCUGCCAAGAUCAAACAAGUGGAGCUGUUGAGGCAUUGAUCCAAAUUAAUAACCAGUUGCAGCAGUAUGAUGCCGCAAUUGGUAUCUUACGAAAAGCGCAACUCUACAAGGAUGGUAUCACAUUACGAGAGACUUGGUUUGAGAAGCUUGAGAGAUGGGAAGAGGCUCUUGAAUUUUACAAAAGGCGCGAAGAAGACUUCCCAGAUCAAGCAGAGACUUUCGAUGUUAUCAUGGGUAAAAUGAGAUGUCUUCAUGCCUUGGGAGAGUGGGAAUCACUGUCAGCCUUGGCUGAGGAUAAAUGGCAUACUUCUUCACUGGAGAUCAAGCGAGCUAUUGCACCUUUAGCUACAGCAGCUGCUUGGGGUCUCAGAAAAUGGGAUCUCAUGGACGAUUACCUAAGUGUUAUGAAGAGUCAUACACCGGAUCGAUCAUUCUUUGGAGCGAUUCUUGCCUUGCAUCGUAAUCAAUUCCACGAGGCUGCUCUCUUCGUACAAAAGGCGAGAGAAGGUCUAGACACUGAACUGAGUGCUCUGGUCAGUGAAUCUUACAAUCGAGCCUACACGGUUGUUGUUCGUGUACAAAUGCUAGCAGAGUUGGAAGAGCUCAGUAUCUACAAACAAAGUAACAACAACCCUGCCAAGCAAGAAGUUAUGAGACGAACUUGGGAGACUCGCUUGCUGGGAUGUCAACGAAAUGUUGAGGUUUGGCAGAGGAUGUUGAAGUUGAGAGCUUUGGUCAUAACUCCAAUGGAAAAUAUGCAGAUGUCCAUCAAAUUCGCCAACUUAUGCAGAAAGUCAGGUCGUAUGGGCUUGGCCGAAAAGCAUCUUAAGACUUUGAUGGGUGGCGAUGAGAGCUUAGAUGUAGUGUUACCUCAAAUUGUGGAAAGUGCGAGUGGAGAACCACUAGUGAGACUUUCAAACAAACAUAUUGAAGCUCCUGUUCAGUAUGCUAUUUUGAAGUUUCACUGGGCUGUCGGCAAGCAAUCUCAAGCAUUGGAAGCUCUGAAAAUAUUCACAUCUGGUUUGGCGGAGAAGCUACAACAAGCACAGAUGACAACUCAAGGGGGCGUUAUGAAUGACAUGCAUGUCAUGAAUGGUCAUAAUGGUACUAAUGGGGUAAUGAUGAAUGGGAAUGGUUAUACUAAUGGUCUAGGUGCCAAUGCUCAUAGCUUGUUAACACCAAAGGGCUUGGCUGACCAUACAACACUUCUCGCUAGAUGUUGUCUUAAACAAGGAGAAUGGCAGGUUGCUCAAAAGAAGGGUGACUGGCAAUACAAUCACGUCGACGAUAUCCUCGAUUCAUAUAAAGCUGCCACUCACUUCAAUCCACAGUGGUAUAAGGCGUGGCAUGCUUGGGCUUUGGCAAAUUUUGAAAUCGUUCAGGCGAUUACGGCAGAACCUGGGCAUGACUGGCAAAUUGGUUCUAGCAACGCCGUCAUUGAUCAUGUCGUUCCUGCUGUUCGUGGUUUCUUCAAAUCAAUCGCCCUCUCUCAAGGAAGUUCUUUACAAGAUACACUGCGUCUUUUGACACUCUGGUUCGCUCAUGGUGGGCAUGGAGAAGUCAAUACCGCCGUUACCGAGGGAUUCUCUUCUGUUAGCGUUGAUACCUGGUUGGAAGUUAUUCCUCAACUAAUUGCACGCAUCAACCAACCGAAUGCUCGCGUUCGCGCUUCCAUCCAUAAUUUGCUCGCUGAUGUCGGUAGAGCUCAUCCACAAGCACUCGUCUAUCCAUUGACUGUCGCGAUGAAAUCUGCUCCGAAUACACGUCGUUCACGAUCUGCGACUCAAAUAAUGGAUAGUAUGAGACAACACAGCCCGAAAUUGGUGGAUCAAGCAGAUUUGGUUAGCAAAGAGUUGAUUCGCGUGGCAGUAUUAUGGCAUGAGCAAUGGCAUGAAGGUCUUGAAGAGGCAUCGAGACUUUACUUUGGUGACCACAAUAUCGAGGGCAUGUUCAAUACACUCGCACCUUUGCAUGAUAUGCUCGACAGUGGACCCGAAACCUUGAGAGAAAUCUCUUUCGCACAAACAUUCGGUCGUGAUCUUCAAGAGGCUCGAGAAUGGUGCAUCACUUACCAAAGAACAAAGGAUCUCGGAGACAUCAAUCAAGCAUGGGACUUGUACUAUCAAGUUUUUAGAAGGAUCGCACGCCAGCUACCGCAACUCAACAAUCUUGAGUUGGCUUACGUAUCCCCCAAGCUUCUUAGUGCUCAUGAUUUGGAGCUGGCUGUACCCGGAACCUAUCAAAGUGGCAAGCGUAUCAUAUCGAUCGUUAAUUUUGAGAGCAAUUUCAGUGUCAUUUCCUCCAAGCAACGUCCAAGAAAGCUUAGUCUCAAGGGAAGUGAUGGAGUUGCCUAUGUCUUUUGUCUCAAGGGACAUGAAGAUAUUCGUCAAGAUGAACGUGUUAUGCAAUUGUUUGGUCUUUGCAAUACACUACUUACCAGCGAUUCGGAGUCAUACAAACGUCAUCUCAACAUCCAAAGAUACCCCGCUAUCCCACUGUCUCAGAAUUCCGGUCUUCUUGGUUGGGUUCCUAAUAGUGAUACUUUACAUGUCCUUAUUCGUGAGUACAGAGAAAGUCGAAAGAUCUUACUCAAUAUUGAACACCGCAUCAUGUUACAAAUGGCUCCUGACUACGAUAAUCUUACACUCAUGCAAAAGGUUGAAGUCUUUGGCUAUGCUCUCGACAAUACAACUGGACAAGAUCUUUAUCGUGUUCUUUGGUUAAAGAGUAAGAGUUCUGAAUCUUGGCUCGAGAGGCGUACGAAUUACACUCGUUCAUUAGGAGUCAUGUCAAUGGUCGGAUAUAUUCUUGGUCUUGGUGAUCGUCAUCCUUCGAAUUUGAUGCUUGAUCGAAUUACUGGUAAUAUUGUUCAUAUCGAUUUCGGAGAUUGUUUCGAAGUUGCCAUGACUCGUGAAAAGUAUCCGGAACGAGUUCCUUUCAGAUUGACUAGGAUGUUGACUUAUGCCAUGGAAGUGAGUAACAUUGAGGGAAGCUUUAGAAUUACUUGUGAGAAUGUGAUGAGAGUAUUGAGGGAGAAUAAGGAGUCCUUGAUGGCUGUUCUCGAAGCUUUCAUCCACGAUCCUCUUCUCAAUUGGCGUUUGACCGGUGAAGCUUCACCAGUUGGACCUAACUUCCGCUCCGAGCGUCGUGAGUCCCUUAUCGCUGCCAAUGUUCGAAGGCCUUCAAUCAUGGACGCCGACGUUCCUCCAUCAGCAAUAGUUUCAGAUAUUGAAGAUCCUAUCGCAGCCCCAGGCGGACCACCAUCGUCACGUCCUCGUGCAAGAACAAAUUCUACAACACAAGGUCCACAAGAUAUGGAGGCUCAUGAAAAUCAAAAUACUAGAGCAGUGCAAGUAUUGAUCCGAGUCAAAGAGAAGUUGACGGGUCAUGAUUUUAAGCCCGAGGAGGAAUUACCGUACAUUCAACAAGUUGAUAAAUUGUUGAUUGAGGCGACAAAGUUGGAGAAUCUUUGCCAACAUUAUAUUGGUUGGUGUAGUUUCUGGUAA